UCGACACUCAUUUGCUCGAAAUCUGAUACUAACCCUUUUCAGUCGCGACGGCACAAACAUCGAUGACAUGUAACCAACCACCUUGCAUUUUGAUUUAUACACGAAUAUACAUGAAAAGAGCGACGGCGUUAUUGGGGUUGGGAAAAUGCUAUGACAUGGCCGGUACUGCCAGAAAGAAGGAUGUGAACUUUCGAUACCCAAACGGACGCCCAGUGGAAAUACAGAGCGUAAUCAUUCAUCAUCAUCAAAUCGAUAACAGUUUGACGAUCCAUGCUUGCAAAGAGACCUGUGGAGCCCAAUGCCAUUCAGAAGAAUCGCCAGCCAAACUAGGGGCGGACCAUUUACCAGCUUACUCUGUUUCCGGAAGGAUCUGUUCGCUGACAUGUGACGGAGACAAUUCCAUUUGCACCUUCCACACAUGCCACGUCUUCGUUUCACGGCUCUCAAAUCCUCCUGUCAGCUCCACUGUCUCUUGGUCGUCAACCUCAUUUUUCGUACCUCUUCAUCGACCCUCCAUCAGCCGACCCUCUUUCAGCCCAUGCCUGCGAAACAACCUGUCAAGCCUGUCGAAAAGAAACCUCCACCUGCCAAAAAGUCUGCAAAGGAGCCACCUAAAACGCCGCCACCUGCCACAAAGCCUACAAAACCCGCAAAGGACCCAUCCAAGACGCCACCUGCCAAAAAGCCCGCAAAGGAUCCCUCCAAGACACAGCCACCUGCUAAGCAGCCAGCAAAGGAUCUCUCGAAGACACCGCCGCCUGCAAAAGACACGCCGCCAGCCAAGAAUCCAUCACCUGCUGCAAAAGACACACCUCCUGCAAAAGACACACCGCCAGUCAAGAACUCAACACCUGUUGCAAAGCCCAAGCCCAAGCCAUGGGUACCGUUCAAGAAGCCGGCUCAGCAAGACCCUACCGCAAAGCCCAAACCAGCUCCCAGAGGCCCAUUUCGCUCGAGGAGCAUACCAACGAAAGCCAAACCACGAGGAGUGUCACCGCCCACUGAAAAUCCGAAUCCAUCGAAUCCGUCUCCUGAUGACCUGCGACUAGCUUGGAGACUCCUGCCGUUCGCUCCUGCGGCUUCGAGCGCUCUUGCUGGUGCCGACACACCUGCUAUCAUCGCGACGCUUCUCCUAAGCCUUUUCACAAUGAACUUGGGUGGUUAUCUUGUUGCGGGCCAUGAUGUGUAUCGUUCGGAGCAGCAGCAGAAGCAGUCCAGUCAACAGGUGUCGUCAUCGACGAGUGGAGGCAGCAGCUCAUCAUCCAGUAGCAGCUCAUCUUCCAGUUCGUCAUCGAGCAGUAGCUCGUCAAGUAGCAGCAGUAGUAGCAGCAGCAGCAGCAGCAGCAGCAGCAGUAGCAGUAGCUCGUCCAGCGGUUCUUCAUAA